AUGGGAAUAACACUGGACUUGGGGGUCACCGUCUGGACUGAGCCCUGGUCUCAGCUACUUGGUGGCACGGUGGUAAAGAAUCCACCUGGCAAUGCAGGGGACAAGAGACACAGGUUGAAUCCUUGGGUUUGGAAGAUCUGCUGGAGGAGGAAAUGGCAACCCACUCCAGUAUUCUUGCCUGGAGAAUGCUAUGGACAGAGGAGCCUGGCGGGCUGCAGCCCAUGGGGUCGCAAAGAGUCAGACACUGCUGAACAACUGAGCACACAUAUGCACACACACAUUCAGCCACUCAGAUUAGCCCCUUAG